UGUUUAAUUGAAUGAAUAAAAGAUUUUUAGCAAAAGAAAUUUUUUUUUACAAGAUACAUGUGUGAUAUUAAAGUUGUCCCCUUGGGUGCAGGGCAGGAUGUUGGCAGAAGUUGUAUAAUUGUAACCCUUGGUGGAAAAAAUAUAAUGUUGGAUUGUGGCAUGCAUAUGGGAUAUAAUGAUGAACGAAAGUUUCCUGAUUUUACCUACAUUGCAAAGACUGGACCUUACACCCCCCAUAUUGACUGUUUAAUUAUAAGUCAUUUUCAUUUGGAUCACUGUGGUGCUCUACCUUAUUUUACUGAAAUGUGUGGAUAUGACGGACCUAUUUAUAUGACUCAUCCUACAAAAGCAAUCUGCCCUAUACUGUUGGAAGAUUUUCGCAAGAUACAAGUUGAACGAAAAGGUGAUAGUGAUUUUUUCACAUCCCAGAACAUAAAAGACUGCAUGAAAAAAGUUAUUCCUGUUAAUCUACAUCAGUGUGUUCAGGUAGACGAUGAGUUAGAAAUUAAGGCAUAUUACGCUGGUCAUGUCCUCGGAGCAGCAAUGUUUUAUUGUCGUGUUGGAGAACAAUCGUUUGUAUAUACAGGUGAUUACAAUAUGACUCCAGAUCGUCAUCUUGGAGCUGCGUGGAUAGACAAAUGCAGACCAGAUCUUUUGAUAACUGAAUCCACAUAUGCCACCACUAUUCGUGAUUCAAAGCGUUGUAGAGAAAUGGACUUUUUAAAAAAAGUUCACGAGACUAUUCUUAAAGGUGGAAAGGUUCUUAUCCCCGUGUUUGCUUUGGGCCGUGCUCAAGAGCUAUGCAUUCUUCUUGAAACAUUUUGGGAUCGAAUGAAUAUUAAGGCUCCUAUUUAUUUUUCUAUGGGACUUACUGAGAAAGCAAAUCAUUAUUAUAAACUUUUUAUAACAUGGACCAAUCAAAAAAUCAGAAAUACGUUUGUGCAAAGGAAUUUAUUUGAUUUUAAGCAUAUAAAGGCUUUUGAUAGAAGUUAUAUAGAUAAUCCAGGCCCAAUGGUAGUUUUUGCUACUCCUGGCAUGCUACAUGCUGGCCUCUCUCUACAAAUUUUUAAAAAAUGGGCUCCAGAUGAAAAUAAUACUCUAAUAAUGCCCGGAUAUUGCGUCAUUGGCACUGUGGGGCAUAAAGUUUUAUCAGGUCAAAAAAAAAUUGAACUUGACAAGAAAACUACAGUAGAUGUGAAACUAUCGGUGCAAUAUUUAUCGUUUAGCGCCCAUGCAGAUGCAUCUGGAAUAAUGCAACUAAUACGACAAUGCGAGCCAAAGAAUGUUAUGCUUGUGCAUGGCGAGGGGUCAAAGAUGGAAUUUCUAAAAUCUCAGAUAAACAAAGAAUUCAAUUUGGAUUGCUAUAUGCCUGCUAACGGUCAAUCUAUCACAAUCCCAAUGCAACCAAAAGUUGUUAUUGAUAUGUCAAAAGGAAUGCUAAAACGCAAGCAAGCUAAUGCUGAAUCUCAGUCAAAACGUCACCGUUUAAUAAAAGUUAAUAAUGAAGUUCUUGUAGAUGGUUUGCUUGUAAUGAAAAACAUGGAAGCGAAAUUAGUUGAAUCUCAUAUGGCAGCCCAUGAACUUAACUUAGACGAUCAUCAACUGAGAUUUACAUCGUCUGUUAAAAUUGAGUCCAGUGAAACCUUAGACGAGUUUUUUUCUAACUUAAAGCUUGAUCUUGAAGAAUGUUUCACUACGAAUUCUGUCCAAAAAUUGUCAGCUCAUUCGCUUGCUGUAGAUUCAGUUUUGUUAAAAUAUCACAGUUCUGCCGCAAUUGAGUCUAAUAAUAAAGACAGCUCUAGCGUGAAACAUUUGCUGAUAUCAUGGAAGUUUGAAGACGAUGUCUUAGGUAGUCGCGUGUUAGAUUUCUUAAUGCCAUCAACUGAAACAACAGAGUUUGAUUAAAAAAACUCAAUGCUUAGAUUUAGCAUAAAACUGAAAAAACUUGAAAAGCAUGAAUUUUAUUCAAGAUGGUACAAACUAAUUGGUAAUUUAAAUAAAGCGUAUUCGAACGUAAGGCUUACGUUUUUAAACGUAUUUUGAACGUAUUUUGAAUGAAUGGAUUACAAAUGAAUAAUUGUUUUCAGUCUUUUGACUGUAAUAAAUGAAACAGGUUUAUUGGUUUUAGUAAACCUGAAAAGUAUCAAAAGCUUUUUAUACUGUUAA